AUGGGUCGCCUGAGUGUUUCAAACGUCAUCACUGCCGCUCUCACAAUUGUGAGAGUGGCUAUGGCCGUAUAUACGGAACUCCCUAGUGGCACAGCUGGGAGCAUAAUUGCGUCCCGUCUUGCUGAAGUAGACGCCUCUACUACUAUCCUUGUCAUUGAGCAGGGAGGAGACAGCUAUAAUGUGACGAACGUCAUCUAUCCGGCCUUGUUUGAGCGCAACACCUUGCCCGAGUCAGAUACAGCGCUCUUUUGGAAAGCAAACAAAGCGCCGCAACUGGCAGAUCGCGAGCCCAUCGUUGAGACUGGAGGUAUUUUAGGCGGUGGGUCAUCAAUCAAUUGGAUGGUAUACACCCGCGGGCAGUGGGAUGACUUCGACUCGUGGAAUACUUCUGGGUGGACUGCUGAAGACGUCCUGCCGUAUUUGAAGAAGACGGAGACAUACCAUGGAGCAACAACCAAUGAGUCAACCCACGGUUACAGCGGACCAAUUCACGUAUCCAAAGGAACCCACGAGGCACCUCGUGCUGAAGCCAGUUUCAUUGAAGGCGCCACAAAGACUGGGUUCGAGGAGAUUGUCGAUCUUCAGAGUCUACAUUCUAACAACGGUUCUGGCCCAUGGUAUCGUUACGUAUCGCCCGAAGACGGUCGUCGCCAGGAUGUUGGUCACCGAUACUUACAUCCUCUUCUUCAAAGCGGCGACUAUCCCAACCUCCACGUGCUGGUUGAGUCCCAAGUUCUUCGUGUGUUAUUCGAUGACACCAAGCGUGCUACUGGUGUCGAUUUCCGACCAAAUCCCAAUUUUGCGAAGGCAGGUCAAGACAACAAUACUAGAACCAUCUCGGCGAAGAAGCUUGUGGUUGCUUCUGCUGGCUCCUUUGGGACACCGCUUCUUCUCGAGCGUUCAGGAGUUGACCACCAUUUUGUUGGCUAUGUCUACCGCACUUCUUUGACCCAGAAUGAGACGAUCAACGGCAUCGCCCGCAACGAUCGCGGCCGCGAUGUUCCCGCCAUGAUUGCCGCUGAUGAUCCGCAACUGGGGUGGAACGGCCAUGACGCAUCCAGCAAGCUUCGUCCAUCUCCAGCAGACAUUGCAGCUUUGGGGCCCGAGUUUCAAAAAGUGUGGGACAGAGACUUCAAAGACUCGCCCAACCGCCCUCUCAUGAUCUGGGGUCUCUUCAACGCAUUUUUCGGCGACCCUUCGAUCUUGCCCGACGAUGCAGAGUAUGUCACUACCGCACCGUGGGUGACGUACCCGUACGCCAGGGGACACGUUCACAUUACUGGUCCUACUAUUGAUGAUGGUUACGAUUUCGACCCAGGCUGGCUGUUGGACGAAAACGACAUCGACCUGAAGAGUCACAUCUGGGGCUACAAGACCCAGAGAAAGAUGGCUCGUCAGAUGGACAUCUUCAGAGGCGAACUUGUUUCAGGACAGCCGAAGUUUCCUGAAGGGUCAAAGGCUGCUGUCAUAGAAGUCGCAGAUGGCCCGAUUGGAGAGGAGAUUGAAUACUCAGCCGAAGAUGAGGCCGCCAUCGUGCAGUACAUUCGAGAAAACAUCGGCACUUCGAGGCAUCCUUUGGGGACCUGCAAGAUGGCACCACGGGAAGCUACGGGAGUUGUUGAUGCCCAUCUGAAUGUGUAUGGCGUUUCCGGCCUCAAGAUUGCCGAUCUCAGCGUGCCACCACACCAAGUUGCUGCCAACACGUACAAUACGGCUCUGAUGCUUGGAGAAAAGGCAGCAGACAUGAUCAUACAGGAGCUGGGACUUGCCUGA